CCAGAAUGGAGGUUUUGGUUGGAUUGUUGUGCAAAAAGCAAGUGGCGGGGAAGGGGGAACAAAAGGUCAUAGUCUGUGGGAAACAAAGCGCCACCCAACAAACUCCUGUUACUCCUCCACUUGCUACUACUUUUUAGUCUUUUACUUUCCAAUCACUCACUCACUCAUUCUCACUCUCCGAAGCUUCCAAUGGAAGAACCCAAGGUUGCAGACGACCAAACUUUCCUUGGCGUUCCUCUUCCUGAACGCACCUCCGUUCCUUCCGGCGAUAACACCAUCUGGGCCGAUGUCUCCCCUCUUCUCGACUCUGCCUGCAAAGAUCUUGAAGAUGGUGAGCUCAUCCAUGGCGACAAUUUCAAUCUCUUUGCGGCUAUGUCUGCUUUGGAGAUAAUGGACCCGAAAAUGGAUUCCGGUAUAGUUUGUACAUACUAUUCUGUAGAUGAAGCAAUCGAGAAUGGUGCUGCUCCAAUUCCUAUCAGCUCUGAUAAAAGUGUUGAUGUUCGAUGUACUAUUGAUAUCAUAGAUCAUCUUCUUGCCUGUGAGGCGACAUGGCACAAGGGUCAUUCAUUAGCACAAACAGUCUUCUCGUGCAUCUAUCUUCUAAGGCCUGACAGGACAUCUUCACAUACCUUAUUGCACUCAUUUUGCAGAGUCAUACGAGCAACCUGCAAAUCAGUUAUUUCAGUUGUCUCAGAUGCACGUACACAUGAAGAAGAGGAUCUUUUUACAAUGACUUAUGGUCUUCCUUUGAAUGGGGAUGGAGAUGACAAGUGCUUAACGAUGCUAAAUGCUGUUGAAGAAACAAUUUGUCGCCAAUUGCGAGCUUGUAAAGCUCCAUCAUCAAAAAGAAGAGUGAUAGAAGACAUAGAGCCGUUACAAACUAAGCUUGAACUAGAAGAAGGCUAUUGCAAAGCUUUGUUAUGCCGCUUACGCUUUCGUAAGCAUUUUUACCAUGUUCUUGCAUGUUUGAGGCGGCCUCAAGGGAGAGGGUUGGAGUUGGCGAGAAAACAUAUAGCUUUCUGUAUAUCAGAAUUAGAAAGUGCUCUUGCUUCAUCAGAAUUUCUCAGAUCUAUUUUCUUUGGAGCUUGCAAAGAUGGCACAGAAGAUAAAACAACUGCUUCUGGUUGUCAACCAAUUGGAUUUGAUGCUAGUUUAAAUUGUAGAUUAUCUGCACCUACACCACCACGUGCAAUUAAAAUUCUUAGUUGGAAAAAGGCUGUCGAGUAUUUUAUGAAACUUCUUCGUGAUAUUGACAUUAUAUGUUCAUGCUCAUUAGUUCCAUCUUUAGAAAGUGUUUUGCGCUUUGUGGUUCAGUUUCAAAAAUCUCAACCAGAUUUAGUUGCAAGAGCUCAUCUCCAGUGUUUGCUGGUUAAAGAUGGGAAACUCUAUGGGCAGGAUCCUGUAUUUGCCAUUAUCACUAAGGCUGCAGCGUUGCCUGAAGCUACAAAGAAUCAUGAUAUUCAAAAGAAUGAAUUCAUUGUACAGUUGGGACAGUUGGUGCUCAAUUUGCUAAAAAUUCUUUGUACAAAUGGUGCUUGGCAAAGGCGUAAGCUUGGGAAGAUUAUACAAGAUUGGCGUGUAAUAUAUAUGCAGCUAGAGCUGGCUUUUAAAAAAGAGUUUGGAGACUCAACCGUUUCAAAUGAGGAGAAUAUAUGUGUAAAAAUAUUUCAACAUAUCCUCCUUUGGGUGGAAGAGCAAACCUACUGGAUAGCUUCACGUUUUCUCAUUUUGGGUUUUGAGUUGGAGCUAUAUUCCCCCAGUGAAUAUUGCAUGGUAUAUUGGUAUAUAUAUGUUGUCCUGAUCAAGCUUGCAGAAAAGACACAUCUUAAGACAGCAGUGACCAAUGGCACUGGUAAACGAAAAGGAAAGAAAAAAAGGGAUACUUUAAAGGAUGUGGGAAAAGAUAAUCGGAUCCCUCCAGCUGUCUUGUUUCUUCAGUGCCAAAUAUACCUUGCAGAAGGGCUUGCAAUGAUGCUUGCAGCUUUAAGGAAUGAAGGUAUGAUGUUACAGAGUCGGAGCCCUUUUAAUACUGAGCAUGAGAGAUUUAUUCAGCACUUUGAUCUUCUACAGAAAGCUUGUAUUCCCGACCAUGUCUCAUACCCCUCAUUUAAUGAGUCCACAAUCUAUGCUCGCUUAUCGAACCUGGUUAUGUAUAAUUACUUUAAGGAUGCUCAGAGGAUUGCAAAGGAGGUGAAGAGUAGUUUUUCCAAUGACCCGGACAAGUUGGCUGAACUUCGGAGGUUAGAGCAAGUGGCGGAACACAAUAGUGUUGCCCUCAAUAUCAUUUGCCGGCUAGGAGCCCUUGAUUCCUCUCUAAAGAUUUCUUUUGAGUUCAACCACCAUCCUUACUUUGCCACCGCUGUUGUUAAGAGAUCUUGAAAGUGCACUUCCAUGAUCUCCACCAAUUUUGAACACCAUACAGCAUUUGGAGGUAAGAGUCUUUUUAAAUAUAACACUUGUAACAUUAAUAUUUAUUUAGACCAUUUUCACCAUAAUUCAUUACAUUAAUUUGUAAUUGCAAUGACAAAAGAAUAAAAUACAUUGUUUAUAUAUAUUUUUCUUA